AUGAAUCCCCUACCCAAAGAUCACCAUUUCACUCACCCGGAGCUGAAUUAUGAGGCUCAGCCAAACUUCCAACCAGCGAUCAAAGUUUCAGUCUUCUUCCGUAAGAAGGAUGGAAUUUCGCACAAGGAUUUCUUCACCCACUGGCAGACCGUUCAUGCGGACUUGGCCGUCGCUACCCAGGCCUUCCAGCACAAUAUCCUCCGAUAUGUCCAGUAUCAUCAAACCCCCGAAAUGAAGGCACGCAUGACCGACAUAGGUGAAAGUGUCCUUGAGUAUGAUGCAUGCGCUCAGCUGUGGGUACGAAACUGGGAUGGAUGGUUGGAAUUUUGUCAAAGUCCCGAAUAUUUGGCCGCGCUGAGCGAUGAUUGUGAACGCUUCAUGGCCUUGCCGAUGACCUAUAUGAUUGGCUAUGAAAAUUUAGUUGUGGGCGAUGCAGCUCAAGCCCUUGGUGGAAAAAGUGGGUUGUCGACGAAAGCGACUCAGUAA